AUGGAGUUGAAUUCGGUUGUUAAAUCUCUGGAGAACCAAUGUAUCCUGGUAACUGGUGCAACUGGUUUUCUUGCUAAGCUUUUUGUGGAGAAACUGCUCAGAAUACAACCUAAUGUGAAGCAACUUUUUCUUCUUGUAAGAGCUCCCAACUCUGCAUCUGCUGCUCAACGUAUUAAUAAUGAGGUGUCCGGAGAAGUGUUCAGGGUUUUGAGAGAAAGAGAAGGUGUCAGAUACGCCACUUUUAUUUCUGAGAAGGUAACACCAGUUGCCGGUGAUAUUUCUCUGGAAAACUUAGGAAUCGAUGACUCUAAUUUGAUAAAUAAGAUACGGAAAGAAAUUGAUGUUGUUGCAAGUUUUGCCGCAACUACAAAAUUUGAUGAAAGAUAUGAUGAUGCGAUUCGUCCUAAUACUAUGGGAGCUAAGCAUGUCGCGGAAUUCUCCAAGAAGUGUGAAAAGUUGAAGUUGCUUGUCCACCCAUCAACAGCAUACGUUUGGGGUGAGCGGUCGGGAUUGAUACUAGAGAAUCCUCUAAGGAUGGGAGAAACGCUGAACGGGAUAAAAUCACCAGAGUUAGACAUUAAAGUAGAGAUGGAACUUGUUUCAGAAAAACUGAAUGAACUCAGAGCUAAUCAAGUUUCCCAGAAAGAAGAAAUGAUUGCCAUGAAGGAAUUUGGCCUUGAAAGGGAAAGAUUAUUUGGAUGGCCAAAUACAUAUGUGUUUACGAAGGCAAUGGGAGAGAUGAUAAUUGGUGAAGCAAAAGGAUAUGAUCAUAAAGUUGUUAUAUUAAGACACACCAUUGUUACUAGUACUCUCAAAGAGCCAUUCCCUGGUUGGAUCGAAGGCGUUAGGACUAUUGACAGUGUCAUUCUUGCUUGUGGUAAAGGGAAUGUUAGAUGCUUCCCAGUGAACCCUCAGACCGUCGCUGAUGUGAUCCCAGGAGACAUGGUGGUGAAUGCAGCAAUUGUUGCAAUGGUUGGUCAUGCAAACCAGCCAUCUAGUGGGGAUGAUACCUCCAUAUACCACGUGGGUUCGUUUGCAAAGGCACCAUUGCAUGGCACUAAGUUGUUUGAUUAUGUUUACAAUUAUUUCUAUAAGAAUCCAAUGAUAUCACCGCCAUUGAAGAAGCAAAGUUUUGGAAAACCUAUCAACAUUGCUUACCCUUUGAUUUUCUCCACCAUGACCAGCUUCUUAUUCUUCUUCAAUGUUAUUUGUGUAUUUCCCAUGAAGGUUUUCUUGCUGCUCAACACACUGGUAUUUUUCGAUUAUCUCCAUGAUAUAUGCAGCACUGCGGAACGAAAGAUUAAAUUCAUUCAACGAAUGGUUGAACUUUUUAAACCAUAUUCAUUGUUUAAAGGAAUCUUUGAUGAUUCGAAUACGGAGAAGCUAAGAACGGAAGUUAGAAUGACUGAAGCAGAGGCAAACAUAUUUUACUUCGAUCCCAAAUGCAUCAACUGGGACGACUACUUCAUGAACGUUCAUAUCCCCGGCCUUGUCAAAUACGUUUUUAGGUGA